UUUUAUAUAUACACUGCCGGAAACAAAUGUUCAUUAUUGCAAUAAUUUUAUAGAGAAUUAAGUAAAUCCGGCGCAAUUACUGUUAUACAACUUGGAUGACCUUGUUUGUCGCAAUUAUAACGAUAUGAUUGUUGUAGAAACAAAACCGACACGAUAGUGAAGUCAUGAGAAUCAGAUUCUCUUAGAUGUAAUGCAGUAAUAAAUGUAAUUUAGAAAUCCAACUCUCUUUAUACAGUCACAUUUUGACAUGUAUCUUCAAAAUUAACAGAAAUACGAGACGAGUACAAAACAAAUACGAAAUCAGCACAAGAUUUAGGGAUUUAAUUUUUGUUAAUAGCACAAGUUAUUAUAAUAUUUCAUAACAUAUUGUUAUAUUUAAUUAACUUGUGACAAGGCAUUAAUAGAACUAGUUUAUAGAUUUCAAGACAUCCAGCCUUAUUGGUGAAAUUCUGGUAAUAGAAUUUGUACAAGAACUAUUGUCUAUUUUAUAUAAACUAUCAUGUAUUUGAUAUAAAGUAUCAUGUAUUUGCUAAAUACUGUAAUAUAAACCAUUAUGCAUUUAUCUUAUCAUGUAUUGUAAACAUGUAAUACACGUUUUAAUUCUUAAAUUGUCCCAUCCAGGAAAUAUCUUAGUAGUUCAGAUUGGAUUAAGUUUAGUACUGCAUAGUAUAAAUAUUAUGUCAAAUUGCCAUUAACAUUAGUACAGGGCACGGUCAUAUAAACUGUUUAGACACGUUAAAUGUUUAUUUCGUAAUAUUUUUAAAUUUUUAACAAACUACUUAGGUGUACUAGAUCAACAUUUUUAAUUAAGUUAGGUUUAAGUGGCUGCAUAAAUCCAUAGUAACGAAUAUCAUCCAUCUUAAAUGGGAUUAGUAUCCUACAUUGAAUUGUGCUGAAUAUUGAAAAGUUCAAGCUAACCGAAUUUCCAUGUUAAACAAAUUCAGUACGAGGUUUUCUAAUGUAGCAGAUAUGAUCUAUAACUUGAAGAAAUGUUAUAAUUGUGCUUCAAGUGCACAGCAGAUCAUCAUUGCAGCAGAUCGGAUGUCUACAGCGCGAGUGUCGCAGGCUACGUGUAUGUACCACGCAGAUAUAUUGAUUUUCUCUUAAACUCCAAGCAAAAUUGAAUUCUCUGAUAUUAUAUCAUAUUAUCUCCUUUAUCGUUAAUUCCUCUCUGUCGUCAUUUAGGAUCUCUUUUAUGAGAUUAUUGUCAUACUGUGACUUGUGAAAGUAGGAAGCCAAUUGUGGCUGACACAAUAUCGAAAUAGUAGCCAAUUCACUGAAAGGGCAUGAGGCUGCAACUACAGGUUGGGACGCAGCCUAAAGUCUGCUUGGAGCAAGUGGGCUGCUAGUUUCAAUCACAUAUAGAAGUGGGCUCGUUCCUAGCGACACGCUCAAGAAAAUUCUCCCCAAAAUCUCAAUUAUUGAAAAUCUGAGAUUUCAGUUCAACUCGAAACAAGUCUUCAAGUGAUUCUUGUUUGAAUACGCAUUAGUUUUGCCAAGAAAAAUUUAUUUUUUGUACAUAUUCUACUGUAAAAUACACUCGUGAACGUAUGCCAAAUUGUGUGGAGCUCAGUUGAAACAUUGACAUCGAUGCAGCAACUAAUGUUUUAACCUUCUUCUUAAAUUAAAAUGUUCGAAAACGUAUCUCCUGAUCAAAAAGAUGAACAUUACGGAGAUGAUGAAUUUAUUGAAGAAUUUGAACAUAAACCAUUACUAACAUGUGUACCUAAAGUAGAACCUCUAUGUUCUAGUACAACUGAUUUAAUUGAAGAUACAUCAAAUGUGAGAGGAGAGGUAACACCAAUUCCUUUGACUAUUCCAUAUAAAGUAAAAGAUCCCAUUAUUUUACUUGAAAGAUGUGAUAAAAUAUGGGAAACACUAAAAGUUAUAAAAAAUGUACAAGGUACAACUAAGAUUGAUACAUCUAAUGCACUGCCAUCGGAAAUAACAACUUCAAAACCAUUAUAUAUCGAAUACCAACCAGUAUUAGGUAACAACAACACGGAAUUGCCAAAUUUUAAAUUUUAUGUGAAAUCCAAAAAAAAGUUAUUUCAUUGUUCUAUAUGUGGAAGGCAAUAUACUGAAAAUCGGAGGUUGAGAUAUCAUUCAGAAAAAAUACAUGGUAUUUACAUAGCACCAAGACGAUAUCUCAAAAAUCCUGAUAAAGUGAAAGAAAAAGAUCCUAAUAUUGUUGAGAAAGAGGAAGAUAAUUUUGAAAAGGUUUCAUUAAAGAAAAGUGAAAAUAAAUUACAUACUGAGGCUUCAUUAUUACAAUAUAUGUCGUCAUCAAAUAAUAAUAAUACAGUUGUCCCAAAUCUUCACUCAAGAAGAAGUAAAUCUAAUGGUCUUGCAUGCAAUAAUAAUGAUAUUCAUAUCAAUGGAACUACACAAAAUGAACAAGAAAAGAAAUUAACUAAAGAAGUAAGACAAAAUGAAAAAGUAAUCUGUACACGGAAUUCUACAGCUUUAUCAACAUGCACAUUGUGUCAACAGGUUGUAAGGAAUAUAAGAAAACACUUAACUGAUUAUCAUAAAAUUGAAUCCCCUGAUUUUAUGUUAAAGAAUUUAAAUGAAACAUGUACUGUCUUAAAAAGCAAUAAAUUAAAAAGAAAAUUUUCUAAUGACGAAAACGAAACUGUGGGUAAAGUUAUUGCAAAAGAACAUGAUAUUCAAAAUAAAAGAAGAAAAUUAUGCAGGAAACGCAGGCAAGGCUCUCGUCAAUGUGACAUAUGCCUUGGUAUUUAUACAAUGAGGAGUUUUUAUGAACAUAUACGUAUUCAUCGUAGUCGUGGAGAAACGAAAGAGAAUUUCCAUUUAUCCAGAAACAGAUAUUUCAAUUCUCCCAUAUACUUACAAUCGAAAUUCAGUUCUAUGCACACGCCUUUUGAAUAUACAAAUAAUGAUAAUUCUGAAUUCCAUAAGAAUAAAGAGAAAAUUUUGCAAAAUGAGAAUAAGAGUAACAAUAUAUCAGAUAUAAAAUAUUAUGACAAACAUAAACAUAUUUGUUUAUGUGGGAGAAUAUUUCGUAAUCCCUAUACAUUGUUUAUGCAUAAAAAAACAUGUACUUUUACAAAUGAUGUGAAGCAACCAGUAAUAGAAAGUAAUGUAAAUAGAAAAAGUCGAUAUGAUACAAGAAGUGGUUCUGGUAGAGAUUCUGGGCUUGGAAUUAACAUAACAAUAAAGAGAAAGGAUGAUUCUUAUGAAAUUAUUGACAAAGAUAAUACAAGUGAAGAUAAUGUUACAAGUUUACAAUUACAAGAUAUCAAUCAUCCAAAAGACUUUAAUGUGUCUAAUGAAGUUCUAAAAUUAUCUAAAUAUAGUGAGAAACAUAGUAUUUUGAAGAUCCAAUCUGCUGAUGAAAAUAUUGAUAUUGACAUUGAAGAAGAUUCACAAACCAAUUCUUGUAAUGAUAUUUCUUGUUCCUCAAGUGAAAUAGUAAGUAAUUUGUGCAAAGAAGAAAAGCAACAAGAAACGAAAACAGAACCAAAUGAUAUAUCUUACAAAAAGGAUGUUAAGUCAAAACUUGGCAAACAAUCUAAUAGUGUUACAGUAAAUUUUGCUAAAAGAUAUAAUAUUUGUGUAUGUGGUUCUAAAUUUUAUACUAAGAAAGCUCUCGAGAUUCAUACUAAUAAACAUCAUUCAAGAUCACAACUGUUAUGUGGAUACUGUAAAAUUAGUCUUCCUGAUGCUAUUGCAUGGAAUAAGCAUUGGUGUUCUGUUAAUGAAGGAAAACGGUUUAUAUUUGUACCAAUGGAGCUUAAGUGUCAUCAUUGCAGUGACAUUCUAAACACAUAUAAAAAGUUUGAUGAACAUAUUAAGCAUAAACAUUUUGAUCCUGUAGUACCAUUUCAAUGUUUUUAUUGUUCUAAACGAUUCUCUAAUACCACAUCUCGUAAAAUACAUUUUGAUACUGAUCAUGAAGUAACCACCUGUUCUAUAUGUAAUAACAAAUGUUAUGAUGUUAUGAAGUCCAGGCAUGAAGCAUAUCAUUAUGGACUUGGAUUUCCUUGUCAUUAUUGUAAAAGAACUUACGGCAGUAGAAAGUAUUUGUUAAGACAUAUGAGAAGAGUUCCUCAUCAUUCAUUGUUGUCAUCAAUGGAAAGUAUCAUAAACUAAUUUACAUGAAUCAUCUUCCAUAAACUUUUUAAAUUUUGUAAAGAAAAGUGAAAUACUCAAAGAGUCAUGAAGAUGUCAUAACAAUUCCACUGAAAUAGAUCAUUUCAACAUGUAGUUUGAUUUGUGAAUGAAAUUAACUAUGAUAUAAUUUAUAAUUCAUUUCACUAUUUUUCCUUUUUUUCUAAUUAAGACAGUAAUAAAUAAUAACCUUAGUUAUAAAAUAUCAUUUUAUUAUAUAUAUUACAUAUUUUCAAUGUAAUGAAAUAUGCAUAUUACAUAGAAAAGGUAUGCUACAUUGUCUAGUGUAUAAAAUAAUGUGAUUAUAUAUUAAAUAAGUAAAUAUGUAUAUAAAAGUGUAGGUUUAAGUGAUGUAAAGGUGAAUAAAAGUUACAUAAAUUGAAAUAUUAUAAUAAUAUCUAAUUUUUAUUCUUUAGAUACACAAUAGAAAAUUUAAUUCAAUUGUAACCAUAAGUAAAGUUUUAACAUCAAAUGAUUAAGAAAAUAUUGUAAGUCAUAGUGAUUGAACAUUAAAAAAUUACUGUUUUUAUUAUAUAUAUAUAUAUAUAUAAUUUAAAUAUGUAUAUUUUAACACAUUUCUGACAGAGGGAUUUAUCUAAAUACAUUUGUAUACAUCCCCGAGUAAUUCGGGUAACACAGGACGUAUUGAUACAAUGUGUUAAUAAUAGUACAUAUGUAUUUAGAGAGAUAGUUUAUAGCUAUAAAUAUAGUUUUAUUUACGUUAAUUAUAAGCUAUUUUAUUUAAUUAUCUUUAGUUAUCAAUUACAUGUACACAAGAAUGAAAACAAAAUACAGAAGUAUACUUACAAAAUAUUAAUGAGGCAAAUGCUUUGUAGUUAAUAAAUAUGUUACACAGUUAUUAUUAAAACCGUUUUUUCUUUUUAGGUAACAAUAAUUUAUCAAUAUUAAUUGUUAUGUAAGUUUUUAGUUCGAUUCGUUUUAUAUCGUAGAAUAUAAGCAUUAAUUAAGUAUUGAUAUUUUUUUACUGUUUAUAUUAAAGAUGUGAAUUUUUUGGAUUAAGAAACAUUUUUUAAGUAUUUAUGUAUUUUUAUUUAGACAUGUCGUGAAUUGUUUUACAAGUAUAUAGUUGGAAAAGUAUACAGUUGGAAACAUAAAUGUUGGCACACUAUUUAAAACAGAAUAACUUUUUCAAAAUUUGAUCAAAAGUCUUAAACUUUUGUGGGGAGCUAGAAGGAUUAGUUUACUAGGCGAGAUUUAAAAACAUUUGUGAAAAAAUUGCAGUUGGUCGGAAUAGCGAAGAAAAUAUUUAAGGUCAUUUUUUACAACUUUUUUAUCUGAAUCUGUAACGAAAAUUUAAAAAAUACGUGUUGUAGAUUUAUUUUCUUCACACACAUGCUGAAAAUUUCAUCGAAAUCGGUUGAUGCAGUACAGCUUGAUGAAACAAGCAAUACGCAUCGAAAGAUGAUCAAAAUGUAGAGUUAUCACAGUUACAGGUCGUAGAAUAAUAAAUAAAAUUGCAAAAAUCUGCCAUUUUUUAUCAUUUUUAAUCGUUUGUAGCUCAUAGCAACGUUAACCGCUUUUGAUGAAAUUUUCAGUAUGUGUAUAACUGAUAAAGAUCUACAAAACGGAUUUUUUAAAUUUUCGUUACAGGGUGAGAGAUAAAAAGGUAAAAAUGAUCUUUCGGUACUAUUUUUUUCGCGAUUCUGACCAACUGUAAUGUACAAAAAAAUUUUGUUUGCUCUUCAUCUAGGAAAUUAAUCCUUCCAACUCCUUAAAAAAUUCAAGUUGUUUGUUGCAAUUCUAAAAAAUAAUUGUAUUUUAAAAACUGUACUAAUAUUUAUUAUGUUCCUAACUGCAUAUUAGUUAUUUUAUACAUUAUGUAUUAUACCUUUACAAGUAUACGUUACAAUGAACUUUAAUGUAAAUAAUAAUUUAUCUUUUAUAAUUUUAGAAUACAAAUUCAGUACGAAUUCUCAUUCCAGUAUUUAAGUGUUAAUAAUAAUAAAUAUCAUCAUGUGAAACAUGUGCAAAUGUAAAUGUAAUGGCAUAUUAGUGUUGAUUGUGAAGAUAAAGGAGAAAAAUAAAGCAACUUCGGUUUGAA